UUUGAAGACCAGUUGACGCUUCUAUAAACCGAAAGACUCGCUUCUUAUUAUUGAGUUAUUUCGAAAAUACACGCAAGAUGGCAGUGUCCUUCCCAUUUCCCGUCCCAAACGACAGCCCGUUUGGUAUUUACAAUAUUCCUUUUGGGAUAUACUCUGCUUCAGGACAAACUCCUAGAGCUGCCACAACCGUCGGAAAUUUUGUUCUCGAUCUAGAUACUUUGCUUCAACAUGGUAUUUUCAAAGACUCACAACUGACACAAUCUUUGGACGGUGUUUUCCUUAAGCCGUACCUCAACGACUUCGCAGCUCUUCCUCUGCCUGACCGUCAAGCUGUUCGGAACGCUAUCAUCACUCACCUCACCAGCGUCGAUUCUCCGAUUUUCAAAGAGGAGUCAUUGCAAAGAAAGGGCCUCAUUCCCAUAAAAAGUGUAAAAAUGCACUUACCAAUGCAUCUAACGGAUUAUACCGACUUCUACAGCUCAUUAGUGCAUGCUGAUAAAGCCGGAAGAGCGAUGAACAUUCCCGUUCCACCAGCAUUCUGGGAAUAUCCCAUGGCUUACAACGGACGAGUAUCUUCCGUUGCAGUCUCCGGGACCGAAGUCAUCCGGCCCAAGGGCUUCUUCCCUCGCCAACACGGUGACAAACAUGUCGAGUACCAGAUCUCUCGAGAGCUUGAUUUUGAAGUCGAAAUGGGCUGCUUUAUCUCGACUCCCGUAGCACACGGAGAUGUGGUAACUGCCGGGGAGGCGUGGAAACAUGUCUUCGGCUACGUUCUGCUGAACGACUGGUCUGCAAGGGACAUACAAAAGUACGAAAUGCAUCCGUUCGGACCGCUGCACUCCAAGAGCUUUCUCACUAGUAUUUCGCCGUGGGUGAUUACCCCGGAUGCACUUCGGGGUAGUAUUGCUCGUCCGGUGGAGUCAAAUAAAUCCGAGUUAUCAAGUCAUCUUCGUAGUGAUCCUGAUAACCAUGCGGGUUACGAUAUCGAAUUUUCAGUGACAUUAUCUCGCAAAAAAUCAUACCCAGUCAAGAUUGUGCAGACACACUUGACAGAUGCACAUUGGGACUCUUUGCAAAUGAUUGCCUAUCAAUCGUCUGCUGGUUGCGGACUCAACACAGGUGAUCUGUUAGGCUCUGGAACAACCUCCUCUCCUACACCCGAAUCAAGAGAUCCAAAUUCUCCCUCCGGAUGUGGUUGUCUUUUCGAGGCUAAUGCUUGCAAAGAACCACUCCCGUCUGUGGCAAAUGAGAAGGUAAACUGGCUUGAAGACGGAGACUUGCUUACAAUGGAAGGCUGGUUUACUACGCCAGAUGGUAAGAGGGCUGGGUUCGGACCUUGUAGUGGGUUGGUUACACCACCCAGAGAACCACAAGCUUGACAUUUGCAGGGUUCUUAGAAUUUUAUAUUGGGAUAAGAUAUGAUCCUGAAACAAAGGGUAGAGAAAAAGAUAUAUAAAUUGAUAAGCUGUUUGUAAAAUUCAAUGCUCUUUCUAUAUAAUGAC